AUGGCUGCACCUUCUUUCUCUUCGAAGACAUUUGGAGCUUCAUUUUUCACCUUGUUCAUCCUGUCCCUGGCAGCCGAGCCGACAUGUGAGGCCCAGCUUUUAGAAGUUUCGUCCCUCUUGCAGACAAAGGUCCCCAAGAAUGUCAGUGAUCUGCUGUAUGAAGCGGCCGGAAGGAGCUCCGUGGGCUUUAGCCAGGAGAUCCACCAGGAAGAACGAGGACAACCAGGACCGCAAGGCAGUGCGGCAGCAGCGGAUGCGGUGGCCGUUUUGUUGCUUCUUCUCCAGGUUGCAGCAGUGAGUCCACUGGCAUACUAUGAUUCUUUCUCAGCUUUGUUGGUGAUCCUCCUCUACCUCAGUAGCGUGACCUCCGUGAAGUUCUUCGUCAAAGAUACCAUCAAUCACGGCUUUCCCUAUCCUGCGUGCAUCACCGGCUUUCAUAUGAUCGCCGUUUGCAUCACGAUCUUUGCAUGGGGAGAGCGUCCUCAGUGGAAAGAGGCCAUGGCAGUUUUGCCCAUUUCCCUGUUGAAUAGCGCAUCACUUUUGACCAACAACGCUGCUUUGGUUUUUGGAGGCUUAGCCUUCGUCUCCAUGAUCGAUGCCAUGGGGCCUUUCGUGACCUUCCUCUUGGAAGUGGCCAAAGGAACACGGCCCUGCUUCCACCUGAUGACCAUCUUCUCUGUGACCAUCGCGAGCGUCGGCUCCGUCCUAUGCGUUCGCGGGGAAGCCAGCACAGUGAACGGUAUCAGCGCUAUGGCCAUCACGUUGGCUGGGAUCAGCGCCGUCUUGCGCUCGAUGCGGGCCGUGUGGCAACACGACCUCCUGACUGACAAGUCCAUCACCGUGUCGCCCUUGCAGCUGGUGUUUUGGAAUGGCUUUUGGGGAGUUUGGAUGACCAUGAUCUCCAUGAUGUUCAGCAAUGAGCACUUUGAGGGCAUUCAACGCCUUAGCACCAUGUCAACUUCAGCCAAGCUAUUUCUCUUCUUCUCUAUCCCCGCGGCGGUCGUGCUAAACAUCACCCAGUGGUACGCAGUGAAGAAGCAUGGAGCUCUCAUGCAGAACAUCAUUGGGAACCUGAACUUGGUCACGGUGAUUGCCAUUUCCAAGGCCAUUUUGUUCGAGGAGGUGACCUCUACGCAGUACAUUGGGACGAUCCUCCUGGUUUGUGGCACCAUCCUGAACAAAGCAAUGGACGUGUCCUUGCGAAAGGCCUCGCAGUGGCCUGCCGUCUUGGACCUCUUCGCUCACAUGCGGCACGUGGAUUUGAGGUGGGCACCGACGAUUUUUGGGUGGAUUUUUCGUCAAAAAAUGGGGAAAUUCGGGGAAAACCAGGGAAAAACUAUGGGACAAUUCUGA